AUGGUAAUCGUCAACGUCGCCUUCACCUCCCCGAUCAACCCUCCCGGCGCGACGCCCGCGCUCUCCCUCGCCCAAGUCUGGGCCGGGCUCGAGCGCAAGAUCCGGUUCGCGCAGGAAUUCGUGCCCGUCAUCGUCGCGACGGACGUGCUGGAGGAGACGACCGAAGGGAGCGGCGACGAGACCGUGCCCGUCGUCGUGCGCGAGGCGACGUUCAAGGAAGGGUUUCGGGAGGGGAGCCUGAAGGUGAAGGAGGUGUGCAAGUGCUAUGAGCCGUCGAGGGUCGACUUCCACCAACCCGACGGCACCACAGUCAGCAACAUCGUCAGCUUCGACAAGGACGACGCGCUGAACAUGACGUACAGCUUCGCGUGGCGAUACCCGGAGGUCAACGCGAGCGACUCGGCGGCCGUCGCGGAGCUGCGGAAGAAGCACCGCGCCGGUGCGCAGACAGCCGUCGAGUCGAGCAUCCAGGCCAUCAGGGAGAUGGUCAAGGACGGGCGCAUCAAGGAAGCUUGA